AAUACCUCGGUGCUUGCUAACAGUGAAAUAACUUCCAGGCUUGUAUCUUAACCAUCAGAAAUUUACAUUAGAAAGUUGACAAAGGCUGAACAGUCUGGGACCCCUCAACAAGGGACCCAUUUACAGUGAAGCCUACAGUCAGGGAGAGAGGGGAAAGAGAUAGGAGGACAGAGGGAGAGAGGGAGAGAGAGAGAGAGAGAGAACGGGUGGGAGGAGAAGCUGGGAGGAUAGUUGAAUUAAUGAAUUAAAAUGUCCGGAGAGUCCAGUUGAGUGACUGAAGACUUUUUCAUUUAUAAAGAGAAAACGUGAGAGGAAACAAGAGGAGAGACUCUCCAGAUUCUUCAUGAACUAGAAAAGCGACACAGCUCGAGAUUCAACCGGGGGGACACUGAAGCUGUUUUAUUACAUAAUAACUCCGUAACGUUCAACCGGAACCGGUACCAACUGACACAUCAGUUUGAGAGCAACCAUUACUUUGUCUUCGGUAAAUUCGCUCUUAGUAGGAUACUGAAAGUUUGUUGAUUUGAAUGUUUAUUGACUUGUUAGGCCUAUUGCAAUUGAGAGGGCAACAAUGUAGAACUGCAAUCAGGAUCGAAAUCUGUGUAGACAGUGAAAGUUGCGGUUGACAGAACUGUCAACAAGUGAGGAUUGCUCCGAUCUGUGAGGUUGCCCUGAUCAUACAAAAAAGCCAAGUCGCACUUUAUUUCAAUUUAUUUUCAUGUUUUUUUUGCGAUAAAAACAACUUCCUCCAAGUCUCAAAAUUGCAUUCAACAACUGCAACAAAAGAUCCAUGCUGCUUUUCUGUUCCAGCUUUUAGGCGGGGAAUAAGAAAGGCUUGUUUCUCCUGCUCAUGAUCCAGCCAGCGUGAUGUACUGCAGACACAUAUUCAUCCUCCCUGACCCCACACUGAACCUCCUCCAUCAUCCUUCUCCCAUCAAGCUGCAGCCAUGACCUCGGCCACUCCCCCCUCCUCUCGCAGCUCCUCCCCCCAGAAGGUUUGUCACUCCACGACGCAGACGGAGGUUCUCAAGCCGCUGCUGGGGGCCGGGGGGGCGGCGGUCUGUGCCCUGCGAAGGCGGCGACGUGUUCUUUCCAAGGACGGCCACAGCAACGUGCACGUCGAGCAUGUGAGCGGCCGCGGGGCACUGUAUCUGCGCGACAUCUGGACGACAUUCCUGGACAUGCAGUGGCGCUACAAGUUCUUCCUGUUCUCGGCCACUUUCGCUGGGACCUGGUUCCUGUUCGGGGUUCUGUGGUACCUGGUGGCACUGGUGCAUGGAGACCUGCUAGAGUUCGACCCACCGUCCAAUCACACGCCGUGCGUGAUGCAGGUGCAGACCCUCACCGGGGCGUUCCUCUUCUCGCUGGAGUCCCAGACAACCAUUGGCUAUGGCUUCCGAUGCAUCACCGAGGAGUGUCCCGCCGCCAUUGUCCUCCUCAUCCUCCAGCUCGUCAUCACCAUGGUGAUGGAGAUCUUCAUCACUGGAACCUUCCUCGCCAAGGUGGCGCGGCCUAAGAAGAGAGGCGAGACUGUGAAGUUCAGUCAGCACGCCGUGGUGUCCAAUCACGAGGGCCGGCCCUGCCUCAUGAUUCGUGUGGCCAACAUGCGCAAAAGCCUGCUGCUGGACUGCUCGGUGGCAGGGAAGUUGCUCCAAACGUCCCAGACCAAGGAGGGGGAGACGGUGAGGCUGGACCAGAGGAACGUUCCCUUCCAGGUGGACACGUCCAGCGACAGCCCCUUCCUCAUCCUCCCCCUCACCUUCUACCACAUCAUAGACGACAGCAGCCCGCUGAGGGCCUGGGCCGCCAAGGGUGGAGGAUGGACGGACCCGGACCUGGCUGACUUUGAGCUGCUGGUGAUCUUAAGCGCCACGGUGGAGCCCACCUCCGCCUCCUGCCAGGUGCGCACCUCCUACCUCCCCGACGAGAUCCUGUGGGGGUACGAGUUCCCCCCCGUGGUCUCCUUGUCCCCCUCGGGCAAGUACGUGGCCGACUUUGCCUUCUUUGACAAGGUGGCCAAAACCAAGAUGCCGCCCCUCUUUAAGCAGGCCCCGCCCCUGAGCCCGGCCAUGCAGUCGUCCCGUCACCACGACGGCAGCGGAGGGGCCGCAGAAGAAGGGGCGGACCCAGAGAAGAUGAAACUGGAAGAGACCUACAGGGGGGAAGAGAGAGGGAGGGAGAGGGGACGAGUGAGAGACAGUAGUCCCCUUAGUGUCCGAAUCAGCAAUGUUUAGAGAGAGAGAGAGAGAGAGAGAGAGAGAGAGAGAGAGAGAGAGAGAGGGGAGAGCACGAGGAUGAAAGGAUGGAAGGAGAGAGCAAGGAGAAAGGAGAGGAGAUAUGUAUGGACAAAAUGGAUCUAGAGAUAAUAAAGGGAUGGAGAAAAAAUAGAUGAGCUGCUCCACUUUUGAAAACACAUGAACAUAUCCACACACACACGUAUAUUCGUUUUAUUUUUGACCUGAUGGGAAUACAUGACCCCCAUUGUUGAUUUGGAUUUUCAAGGGGUAAAAGAACGAAAUAUUUCCGAUCUGGGUUUAAUGUACUUUAAUGAAAGGGAUCAAAAUGCAUCUUUCCUUUUAUUCUUGGAGGACUUGUGUUACUGAAAGGGUUGACAGAUUUAUGUGCAUAACAGGGUGUAAGGACAUAAUCACAGACUCAUGGUUUUUCCUGGACGUAAUCACAGACUCAUGGUACUGUUAGUUUUUGACACAGUAAGGUUCUCUGUCUACACUGUAGCAAACGGGAGUGGGAAUAUUGGACAAAACAUCUUGAAGGAUUUCAUUUGAAUAUAUCAUACUGUAUAUAUAUGUAUUUUGUCACUAACGAUACAAUGGCACUGCUGAUUCUUUUGAGUGCUUUUGAUUAUGCAUUUCGCAGAGCUGGGGUCAGUUCCAAUUCCAUUAACUCCAAAUGUUUUUUACUGAAAAGUAUGGAGACUGAAAAGUGGGUGUGAUUCCAGUAUUGGCUGGAAUUGAAAUAGAAUUGAGCCCUAUUCUAAUAAUUAUUGUUUCUGAUCUGCUAUGCUUUCUUUUCACUGGAAUAUGUUGUAUGUGUUGGAGCUGAAUGUUAACAAUACUAAAAGCACUUUAACUUGAUGGGUAAUGCUACUUUACACAAA